CGGCGAGCGGCGCCGCGCUGUGAACUUGGAGCGAGUUCGGGGCUGGCCGCGCUCCGCCGUGUGUGUGCGCGCGUGUGCGCGCGUGUGCAUGCGCUCCCCCCCCCUUUUUUUGUUAAAGGAAGGACAGAGGGGAAAGUCCCAGAGCCACCGCGGCGCUCGUAGUUUGCCAGCCACCAUGUGUCUGUAAAAACAAUAGAGGGAAAAGUUGUCGGACCGUCUUUUUCUUUUUUCCUCUUUUUUUUUUUUUUGCGUUUUUUUUUUUUCCCUUCCUUUAGCGGCGAUUUUUGCCGCGGCUGGGUGGGGAUCUCGUGGCGCCGAGCGGGGCUCGGUAACCCCCAAAGCCAGGGCCAGGGUGCCGGUAAAUCUGGAGCGCCCACGAGCAGCACUGACACUCUCGGUACUUUUUCGUGGUUUUGGAGGGACACACACGUGUGAUAAUAAAGCACUUUGGCAGAAGAUUUCUCCUUUUUUUUUGUUUUUAUUUUUUGUUCUCUUUUUCUUUUCUCCCUUGGAAUAUUGUGAACAUAUUUGUGGCCAUUUAAGGUUUGUGUGAUUUUGCUAAAAUGCAUCACCAACAGCGAAUGGCUGCCUUAGGGACGGACAAAGAACUGAGUGAUUUACUGGAUUUCAGUGCGAUGUUUUCACCUCCUGUGAGCAGUGGGAAAAAUGGACCAACUUCUUUGGCAAGUGGACAUUUUACUGGCUCAAAUGUAGAAGACAGAACUAGCUCAGGGUCCUGGGGGAAUACAGGACAUCCUAGUCCAUCCAGGAACUAUGGCGACGGGACUCACUAUGAUCACAUGGCGAGCAGAGACCUUGGCUCACAUGACAAUCUCUCUCCUCCUUUUGUCAAUUCCAGAAUACAAAGUAAAACAGAAAGGGGUUCAUACUCGUCAUAUGGAAGAGACUCGAAUUUACAGGGUUGCCACCAGCAAAGUCUCCUGGGAGGUGACAUGGACCUCGGCGCCGCCGGAGCGCUCUCCCCCACCAAACCCGGCUCGCAGUACUACCAGUACUCUAGCAAUAACCCGCGCCGGCGGCCUCUGCACAGCUCCUCCAUGGAAGUCCAAACAAAGAAAGUUCGGAAAGUUCCUCCAGGUUUGCCGUCCUCAGUUUAUGCCCCGUCAGCAAGCACUGCCGACUACAAUAGGGAUUCACCAGGUUAUCCAUCCUCAAAACCAGCAGCCAGCACUUUUCCUAGCUCCUUCUUCAUGCAAGAUGGCCAUCACAGCAGCGACCCGUGGAGCUCCUCCAGCGGGAUGAACCAGCCCGGUUACGGAGGGAUGCUGGGCAACUCGUCCCAUAUUCCACAGUCCAGUAGCUACUGCAGCCUGCACCCCCACGACCGCUUGAGCUACCCAUCGCACUCCUCAGCAGACAUCAAUUCCAGUCUUCCUCCGAUGUCCACCUUCCACCGCAGUGGCACGAACCAUUACAGCGCGUCUUCUUGCACACCCCCGGCCAACGGCACGGACAGUAUAAUGGCAAACAGAGGAAGUGGGGCAGCAGGCAGCUCGCAGACUGGUGAUGCGCUGGGGAAAGCACUUGCCUCUAUCUAUUCUCCAGAUCACACCAACAACAGCUUUUCAUCAAAUCCUUCAACUCCUGUUGGUUCUCCCCCUUCUCUCUCAGCAGGCACAGCUGUUUGGUCUAGAAAUGGAGGUCAAGCGUCAUCAUCUCCCAAUUAUGAAGGUCCCUUACACUCUUUGCAAAGCCGGAUCGAGGACCGCCUGGAGCGGCUGGACGACGCUAUCCACGUGCUGCGCAACCACGCCGUGGGGCCCUCCACCGCCAUGCCCGGCAGCCACGGCGACAUGCACGGCUUGAUCGGGCCGGCGCACAACGGGGCGAUGGGAGGUCUCGGCUCCGGCUACGGCACCGGCUUGCUCUCGGCCGGCCGGCACUCGCUCAUGGUCGGCGCCCACCGCGAGGACGGCGUCGCUCUGCGCGGCGGCAGCCACUCGCUCGUGCCAAACCAGGUCCCGGUCCCCCAGCUGCCCGUCCAGUCCGCCACCUCCCCGGACCUCAACCCGCCCCAGGACGCCUACCGGGGCAUGCCAACCGGACUGCAAGGGCAGAGCGUCUCUUCAGGUAGCUCCGAAAUCAAGUCUGAUGACGAGGGAGAUGAAAACCUCCAGGACACAAAAUCUUCUGAGGACAAGAAACUAGAGGAUGACAAGAAGGAUAUCAAAUCAAUUACUAGGUCAAGAUCUAGCAAUAAUGAUGACGAAGACCUGACGCCCGAGCAGAAGGCUGAGAGAGAGAAGGAGAGGAGAAUGGCCAACAACGCUCGCGAGCGCCUGCGCGUGCGCGACAUCAACGAGGCUUUCAAGGAGUUGGGCCGGAUGGUGCAACUCCAUCUGAAGAGCGACAAGCCCCAGACCAAGCUCCUGAUUUUACACCAGGCUGUGGCUGUCAUCCUCAGCUUAGAGCAGCAAGUCAGAGAAAGAAAUCUGAACCCUAAAGCAGCGUGUCUCAAAAGAAGGGAAGAAGAGAAAGUAUCUUCCGAUCCUCCUCCACUUUCCCUGGCGGGACCCCACCCUGGGAUGGGAGAUGCAUCCAAUCACAUGGGACAGAUGUAAAAAAGGUCCAAGUUGCCACAUUUCUUCAUUUAAACAAGAGACCACUUCCUUAACAGCUGUAUUAUCUUAAACCCACAUAAACACUUCUCCUUAACCCCCUCUUUUGUAAUAUAAGACAAGUCUGAGUAGUUAAGAAUCACAGACGCAAGAGAUUUCAGCAUUCCCGAUUAUUAAAAACGAGAAAAAAAAACAAAAAAAAAAACAAAAAGUGCAACUUGAGGGACGACUCUCUUUAACAUAUCAUUCAGAAUGUUUAAAGCAGUAUGUUACGAGCUGUAAAUGCACAGCCUAGAGACUGAAUGGCAAUCUUCUCCACACUGUGGGACAAUGCAUUUGUGCCUAAACUUCUUUUGGAAAAAAAAAUAUAAUUAAUUUGUAAGUCUGAAAAAAAAUAUUUAAUUUAAAAUUGUAAACUUGCAAUAAUGAAAAAGUGUACUUCUGAAGAAAAAAAUGAGCGUUUUUGUUGGUGUGCUAGACAGCUAGUGUUUAUACUUACUGGAUAUUAAAAGGGAAGCUUUGCUGCCCAGAUAUUUACAAAACCAGCAAACGUCCUAAUGAAAACUGAAGUGAUGACAUUAGCCAUUCCUUAGGGUAGGAGGAACAGAUGGAUCUUAUAGACCUAUGACAAAUAUAUAUAUAUAAAUAUAUAUAUAAAUAUAUAUUAAAAAUUUAGUGAAUAUGGUAAGCUUUUGUUCAUUUGUUUCAGACUUUUUUGCUCCUGUAAAAAAAUAGUACUGAUUAACUUUUUUAAAAAGAAGAUUUUACUGUACAUAAGGAUUUUUUUGUCUUAUUUCUGUCCCUCUCCCCUGUUUUUGUUAUUGUAACCUGUAGUGCCAACUCUGUCUCUGGAGGGGGGUAGUGCAGGAUGAAAUGCUGACCCUGACGUUGCUUCUCAUUCAUAAAUAAGUAGAGAGUUGUUUCUUCGGUCUUUUGGGAACACAGGACUUAAAAAAAAGAAAAAAAAAAAAAAGUCACGUCAUGUGUAGAUAGUACAGGCAGCAUUGCCGAGACUUGGCGAAAGGCGUUGGUCCGACCGGUGAUGUUGCUCGCGUUGACCCUUUUCUGGGAUUUUCAGAGGUACAAGGUUAGAAUGCUACAAUGUUACCACUGUGCCUUCCAAUGUUUAUAUCAUCAGAAGCAUAACAUAAUCAAAGUGGCUGUGAUUUAACAAACUGAUUAAAGUGUUACCUAUGUGUGUAGCCUAAGUAGUGUGCAGUGAGGCGUUUCUGAAUACAUGGUCAGAUGCGGGGGCGGCGGGGGGGCGAGGGGGGAGAAAAGCAUCAAGUGGGAAAAUUGCAAGUAGUGUGGCAGAUUCGAUCGACUUUUUUUUUUCGUUUGUUUCGUUUUGUUCCGUUUUGUUCUUCUCUUGUUUUUAAGUGGAUUAUUUAAGUGUAGACCACUUGCUGCCUCCUCCUUUAUUUGUAAAAUGCCAAUUUCAGUCAUCAUGCAGCAUUACAACAAGCCUUAUGAGUCCUAAAGCAUUAAGUUGCACUUUCUUGAGGAGGGGUGGUAGUACAGUAUUUCUCUGGCCAGUAUGAAUGAAGUUUUUACUUAACAUAUUUAAUAGUAACAUAGAUCAAACUAUGGCACAGCAACUCAUCCGAUAACUAGCUUUGAAGUCUGGGCACAAUUGAACCAACUUCCAUAGUGAAUCUUAAUAAUGAUUGACUUUGGUGUACAGUACAAUUAACAGAUAGUGCUCCUAGUUAAGUAUUUGUCAGCAUCCUUUUGUCUCGAAUUCCAGUUUCUAUUUUUACAGCCACACAAACCUGGCAUGUAUUUUAAAUAAAAUCUCCCUGUUCAAGUAGAUUUUCCACCUAUCAACACUGAAUAAAUGCCAUAAAUCCAUCAAACGGUCUAAAUGUUCCAUCUGUUCUCCUGUUUUGCCAGUUAUAUAGUAAUGAAAAAUACAUUUGUAAAUUUUAUGCAACAAAUGGCAAACGUAUCAUUAUUUUGAAAUUGUGUAUGUAAAAGUUAUAUUUUUACAUGUAGACUCUUGUUAUUAUGUGUUUUAAUACAUUGUAUCAGUUUUUUGUUUAUAAAAAUCUGUGUGGUUGAAAAAAAGUCUCAUUUAAAUGAAAUAGUGAGAUACAAGAAUCUGAAUUUUAUGUUUGUUUCUGAAAACGUAAAGAACAAAUAUGAUAGUUACCAUGUGAUCACCUUCUACAUACCCAUAAACAUUUUGAUUAGCUGUGUGCGUGCUGAAAACUGUAAAUAUGUUCAGUAGCGGUAAAACUUAAACUGUUUUGAUUUGUUGAUAAGUUUCUCAAAUGUGGAGGUGGAUUAAACCACGAGAAAAAAUAGUACGAGAGGGGCGAAUACACUAAGGUUUGGUGCCGGAUUACAAAUGCGUAUGACGUUUUAAGUGCUGGACUUUGAGCAAGCCUGGUUUAUAUGAAAACGGGUGUAAUAAAGGUUAAUUCCGCCCAGUGUUAACGACAGCUAAUGUUUCCGAGUGCUGGUGUCCUCAGCAGGGCAGAGGUCUCGGUCCGUGAGCGCCGUGCGUGCUGCUGCUGGCUAUGGCGUUAGCGAGGAGAGGGCGCGCAGCCCGGGUCGGUUUGCUCAGGCCCGUCGUACCGCGGUUUCGGUCAGUGCCAGCGCUCCGCACGUCCGUUUCGGGGAGCUGCGAGUCGUGGGGGCUCCGAGACCCGGGCGUCUGAUGAACGGUGCAAAAAAAAAAAAAAAAAAAAAAUUACCAGAGCAACUCGGCGUUUGUUUGAAGCGAUCUGCGGGCAGCAGAGAAACGCCAGGCCGAGCUCGCGGGGCUUCGAAGGGGAGAAGCCGCGGUGGCGGCGUGCGCGGCGCGGCGCGGCGCCCGCCCGGGACCGCGCUCUCCUCCCGGUCGGGGCGAGGGAAGGCGCUGCCCGCGCGGCAGGCGUGCAGCCCCCCGUCUCCCCGUGGGUUCGCAGCGCAGGUAAGGCGCGGGCGUCUCGAGCUGGCUUUGCCUUGGCUGCUGGCACCGAGGGUGGAGAGCGAAGGUUGCAGAAGGCUCUGUGACGUGGCGAUAAACCGGGCUAAGAAACGAGUACUGAAACAGCAGCUUGUUACGAACUGAUCCACCUCCACAUUCAAGUAAUUUAUGAAUAUGCUGAAUAGGGAAUCUGUUCACCUAGGACUUUUUUACCAUUUGUCUUCUGUGUAGCUGCAAGGAACACUAAUGUUUAUACAACUGUCAGUCCUACCAGUGAUGCAACUCGUACUGAUUCAGUCUUCCGAUUUCUUUCUUCUUCUUUUGUUUUUUGGGUUUUUUUUUUUUUUUUUUUUUAGUUUUCUUUUAGCUUUUUUCAGGGGUUGGGGGGAAAGGUGAUGAAAACGGGCGGUCGGGGAGAGGAUGGUUUCAUCUUUGUGUCCAAAAGGCAGAUAUGGUCCGUGUCCAAAAGUGGACAAUACAGUACAUUGCCAGGAAUGAAGAGAUUUCAGUGAAAACAAGCACAAAAAAACCCAAAAAAACAAAACAAAAAAAAAAAAAAAACAAAAAAAGGAAAGAAAAGAAAAGAAAAAAGAAAAAAACACAAAGAAAAAAAUGAAAAAGAAAAAAUUAGUCCACUAGUUGACUGGAAAAAAAAACCCUGAAGGUGGAAUAUGAUGAAUUCCAACACAGUGGGGCACCGGGGCCUGUGGGGGGCCCUACCUUUCUGUUUCGUUUUUGUUCUGUUUGUUUGUUUUUUUAAAAACAUGUUCUUUCUCAUGGGACUUGAAGUUGAUUCAUAUUUGUGCAGUGCUGGUUUGACCAUACUCAUUUCAAGUAUUAUAGACUUAUGUAAUGGUGAAAAUAUAUGAACUGUGGCCUUUUUCAUUCUUGUUACUUGUGAUGCAAUUAAGUGAGAUAAGAAAAAAAAAAAAAGCAGAGAUUUACCAUGUAUCAGUGCCUGGCUUUUUGUUAUAAAGCUUCGUUUGUCUAGUGCUCUUUUUGCUAUAAAAUAGACUGUAGUACACCCUAGUAGGAAAAAAAAACUAAAUUUAAAAAUAAAAAAUAUAUUUGGCUUAUUUUUCACAGGAGCAAUCCUUUUAUACCAUGAAUAUUACGGAAAAAAAAUUGUCAGAUUCUGAAUAUUUCUUCUUUGUAGAUUUUUGGAAUCAUUCUGAGUAAAAGUUUGUUACUUUAUUUUACUAUUUAAAAGAUGUUAUUUUACCAUGUGUUAUUGAGAUGAAACUGUACGGUAGCUUUUUUUUUUUCAGUUGUAGGUCGCAACGGGAAAAUUUUUGCGACUAUACACAUAGCUGCAACAGUAAAAACAAAAAAAGGGGGAAAAACAAAAAAAAAGGGAAAAAGAUCAAAAAAAAAAAAGAAAAAAGAUGAACAGUUACACCUUGUUUUCAAUGUGUGGCUGAGUGCCUCGAUUUUUUCAUGUUUUUGGUGUAUUUCUGAUUUGUAGAAGUGUCCAAACAGGUUGUGUGCUGGAGUUCUUUCAAGAAGAUCUGCAAACCAACAACCACAGCUUGGUGUAGGCCAUUACCUGUUUCUCAUCUGUAGUUACUCGAUGCCGUCAUGUACAUGACCGUUCUGUAGCAAUAAAUGUGCCAUUUUUAUAAACCGUU